AUGUCCUACACAACUGUCCCAACAUUAGCCUACUAUAAGAUGCGGGGUUUGGCUCAACCCAUGCGACUAAUGCUGAAGUAUAGUGACGUGAAGUUUAAUGAUAAGCAUUACGGUAAUGUGGACGUUGAUAAUGUGCCAGAAUUUAGGGCUGAUUGGAUGAAAGUGAAAUUCACCCUGGGACUAGACUUUCCCAACCUUCCCUAUUAUAUGGACGGUCCAAUCAAAGUGACCCAAAGUAAUGCCAUUAUGCGAUAUUUGGCCCGAAAGCACGGUUUGGUGGCCACCGACGAGACCGGACUCGUACGCCAGGAUAUGGCGGAGCAACAGUUGGUGGACAUUAGGUAUCAGUUUAUUUUAGGCUUAGUGUUUGCCACAGAUUUUGAAACAGUAAAAGUUAAAUAUUUGGCCGAAACACUGCCCAAACUGUUGGAUGAGUUGUCCCGGUUUUUGGGUACCCGUCAGUGGUUUACCGGUAAUGAAGUUAAUUAUGUAGACUUCUUGGCGUAUGAAGUGCUCGAUUGGUUCCGACUCUUCAGCCCCGAGACCGUCAAUAAGUACCAGAAUUUGGUUCAAUUCUUAACCCGUUUUGAGAGUUUACCGGCGAUUAAGGCAUACAUGAAAUCACCGGAGUUUAUAAGUUGGCCACUACUUGGAGGGUACGCUCCGUGGGGUUACAAAAAGUAA